UGCGGUCAGGGUUGUCAUCGCGCGUGACGUCAACUUGCCGCGUCGCGGUCAACAUAAGUCCAAGCACAGCCAAACACAAGUUCCACGUCUCGUCAUCGUCGUCUCCAUCCAGGACAACAGCCACCUCACCACCGACCACCAUGGUCGUAAACCGCAAGCAGCCCGCUGCACCGGCGCCCGCAUCGCGCUCAUCAUCUUCACAACCAAUACCGACGAAGAAACAGCCCAGGCCACCCCCACCAAGUUCAACAUCGAAUGGCAACAGUACGGAUGCACGUAAAGCUGCUCCAGUACCAGCAAAGCAGAAACCUUCAGCUUCAAAACAGCAGAAGCCAGUGGAACAACGGCCAAAGUCUUUCUUAGACCGCCUCUUCUUGCUCUCACUCGCCCUUUUCACCGCUUAUUCUUUCCACACAUGUCGACCGAAUCCUAUCUUCAACUCGCCGUCACCUUACACGCCGGAACCAGCACUCUGCACCUCUUUGUCAAACUAUCGCACCUACUUCCUCGAACCCUACGUCCUCCCACCCCUCAAAUGCACCCUUACUUUUACCCGAACUGUCUCGGAACCAUACGUCGCUUCCGCCCAGACCCACCUGGAACCUUACCUCGCCCCGGUCCAACAUGUCGUCACCACCACAAAGCCAUACAUCGUACGAACGUACACAAUCGCCAAGGACCUAUGGCAGAAGACGCUCGUACCUCUGUAUAUGGAUACGUUGAAGCCGUAUUAUGAAGCAGCCAUCGUACCGAGAUACGUGCGCUACGUCCAACCACAGUUGGAGCCUCUCCAGAAGAAAGCUUCGGCAUAUUUCGCACACUACGUCUCCAAACCUAUCUCUAGGCAAUACGCCGCUCUCAAUCUGAAGGGUCACGAGCUCUACGUUCUCCAUGUUCGACCUUACGUCCGUGUUGUUCAGCCACAUGCGAGGCGAAUUGUCGAAACGACCUCUACCUACGUCGUGGGAUUGCACCAAGCCUACGGCGAGCACGUCCACCCAAUCGUGGAAGAUGCGUGGAUUACGGCACGACCCCUGCUCUGCACGGCUUGGAAGCACUUCAAGGCCUUUGCUAUCCAGGCCACCGACAUCAGCGGCGCUUUGAUCAAGAGAGGUCUGGCAGAACUGGGUGUCGCGAGGAAGGCGUACGUCGACCCGCAUGUCAGCAAGAUCUGGGACAAGGUUGCUGAAGGCAAUGCGUCUGUUGAGACGAAGGAAACACCGGUUGUUGAAGACUUACCGGAUAUCCAGACGGCAGAGCCCAUUCCGGAGCCUACACGCGUCGUCUCUGCCGAAAGUCCUUCGAUCCCCGUUCCGGUUCAAACCACUGUCGAAUCGGAGCAGGAGCCUCCGGUUGUCGUCGAGCCUGAGCCCCCGGUAGCUACUCCCGAGGAAACAGUUGAAGUCCCCACGAAGAACGUCGAAAGGACCAAGGCAGGUGUGAUUCCUGUCGUUCCAGAGGUGGAGGAAACUCCCUCCCCGCCUAAGGUUCCCGCCAGCCCUUCUCCCAGUUCCCCUUCGGUCACCCCAGAACCCGACUCCGACCUCGACCUCGACGACUUCCUUCGCGACAUUGGUGUCCCCUCCUCGGAUCCCGCACCGCCCGCAGAUCAGCCCGAAAGCGACGUGGAUAUUGACCUGUCCAUCGAACAAACUGAACCCGCGCCGCCUGAGGACCCUGUCUCCGAGGCAGAGCGUCUCGCGGCUGUCGCGGCGAAACGGGCCGGCAUCACCGCGCGACACGACAAGUGGUUCACCAAGCUCGACGAAGGCGUGGCCAAGGGCUAUGUCGAAGUGCAGGAGGCCAUUGCGGCAGUGAGGAACCGGGCGGUUACGUAUGUCCAUGAGAUGGCUGGAAAGAUCAAGGUGCAGGUUGAGAAGAAGUCGGAGGGAGAAGACGAGGACGAGAGGCCGCUUGGUGUGGAUGUUAUUAAUGGGGUACAGAAAGAUGGCGAACGUCUCCUUUUGGGUCUCUCGGGCUGGCUACGGAAGGCUGAGGCGAGGAGUAUCGAUUGGAAGGUAUCUGGUCGUGCAGAGGCUGACGCUACCAUCAAGCAGCGCGAAGAGGAGACGAAGGAGAUGCGCGAGGCAAUGGUGAAAAGGGAGAAAGAGAAGUGGGCACAGGUCAUUGGCAAGGUUGAGGAGCGUUUUGGCGAAAUUGUAAGGAGGCUCGAGAGCGAUGUGCAUGACUGGUAUGUUGGGAUUCGGAAGAGUGAAGGCGCUGAGGUCAUGAGGAUCUACACGGACGUGAAGUCAAUUGCUCAGAAGGCUCAGGGUGAUCUUGGUUUGGACUACGCCUGGCUCGAGGACGUCACAUACAACGAUUGGCAGCGGUACCACGAGCUUAUGCGAAGCCCUGAACGCUUCUUACAAACGGCCAAGGAGAUGCAGGAGGGCACUUCCACUGAACCUGCUGCUCCUGAGGACCCACUAAUCCCUGCACUCGAUGCUCUCAAUGCGGACCUUCAGGACGUUGUUCGCGGAUUCCAUUUCUCACUGGCCAAUACUCGCAGCCGAGCUACUCGUGCCUUUAGCCUGAGGGCUGCUGGCACUGAGGAUGAGGAGAGCGAAGGCUUUUUCUCUGUGAAGGAUGGCGAGAAACGGAGGGAUGACCUCCGGGGCGUGGAUCUCGGCUCAGUGAAGAAGGGCGUCAAAGAAGGAACGAUUGCGAAGAAGGUCGGUGAAGGCGCAGGCGUGUUGGGCGUUAAGGAACAGGCCGAAGAAGUCAAGAUCCUGCCUAUUGACGACACACCGAAGCGCACCGAAGAAGAUGGCGCUUUUGACGCGUCGACAGUCGUGAUUGGCAAGGACAAAGUCCAAAUCGAACAGGCCCUCAAGGACGUUCCUCUGGAGACACCUGCGGAGGUUCGCCACGAAGAGCUAUAGG